CAUAGGGGCGUGGCUUUGGCUGCUGACGUCACUGCGCACGACGAGCGCUGCCAAGAUGGCGGCUGCCCGAGCGGCGUUACGCCUGUAACUGCCCAUCUGCCGGCUGAGGUCGUUGUCGGUGCCAGGUGUCGACUGAGCCUGGAGUGUCGGGUAAGUCCGCACGACAGCCAUGAAGGAGAACAAGGAGAAUUCCAGCCCCACUGUGGCGUCCGGCGCCCUGGACCACUCCAAGCCCUGCUGGUAUUGGGACAAGAAGGAUCUGGCCCAUACCCCCUCUCAGCAGGAAGGCCUGGACCCGGCCACCGAAGCCAGAUACCGCCGGGAAGGCGCCAGGUUCAUAUUCGAUGUGGGAACACGACUGGGACUGCACUAUGACACACUCGCCACUGGAAUCAUAUACUUUCAUAGAUUCUACAUGUUUCACUCCUUCAAACAGUUUGCUAGAUAUGUGACGGGCGCCUGCUGUCUCUUCCUAGCGGGUAAGGUUGAGGAAACGCCCAAGAAAUGUAAAGAUAUUAUAAAGACUGCCCGUAGCUUGCUGAAUGAUGUGCAGUUUGGCCAGUUUGGAGAUGAUCCUAAGGAAGAGGUUAUGGUUCUUGAACGGAUUCUUCUUCAAACCAUCAAAUUUGACCUACAAGUGGAACACCCCUACCAGUUUCUACUGAGAUACGCCAAACAGCUGAAAGGAGAUAAGAAUAAAAUACAGAAGUUGGUGCAGAUGGCAUGGACGUUUGUUAAUGACAGCCUGUGUACGACCCUGUCCCUACAGUGGGAGCCGGAGAUUAUAGCUGUGGCUGUUAUGUAUCUUGCCGGGCGCUUGUGCAAAUUCGAGAUUCAGGAAUGGACUUCGAAACCCAUGUACAGAAGAUGGUGGGAGCAGUUUGUCCAGGAUGUUCCUGUUGAUGUCCUUGAAGACAUUUGUCACCAGAUCCUGGACCUGUACUCUCAAGGGAAACAGCAAAUGCCUCACCAUGGUGUCCAGCAGCCUUCUCCCCAAGUCCAGGCACAGAUUGCCGCGGUGCAGCCUCAGUUGCCCUCACAAAACACUGAUUCGCAGGCAGCUCCAGCCAAGGAUGCGCAGCAGCCCGCGGUGCAGCAGCCUAAGAAACCAUCCCCACAGUCCAGUCCCCCAAAGCAAGCCAAGAGACCCCUGCCUGUGUCACCCAAAGAGGAGGGAAAAGCGCUGGAACAACCGUCAUCUAAAAUGCCUAAGAUUGAGCCUUCUCACCCACCGUUGCCUCCUGUACUUACCCCAACAGAGAGAAAACCGGUGACACCAGCUGGGUCAGGGGAAGGAGAGCCCAUCAGUAUUCCAGAACCCGCAGAGAUGACAAAGAUCCCCAUCCCUCCACCGGCUCAUCCUGCUGCAGUUCAUCAGCCUCCACCUCUCCCACAUCGGCCUCCUCCACCUCCUUCCAGUUACAUUACAGGGAUGUCUACCACCAACUCCUACAUGUCAGGAGAGGGCUUCCAGAGUCUCCAGUCUAUGAUGAAGACCGAAGGUCCAUCUUAUGGAAAUUUGCCCCCUGCCUAUGGUCCUCCAACUCAUAUACCAUACCACCCACACGUUUAUCCACCUAAUCCUCCACCGAAUGUUCCUCCGCCGCCACCAUCUACAUUCCCGCCUCCUAACAUUCCUCCUCCUUCUCCAGUGUACCCCCCUCCCCCUACUUACAAUCCAAAUUUCCCCCCACCUAGGCUUCCCCCUACUCACACAGUUCCGGGUCACCCACCUCCUGGAAUUGGUCUUCCACCAACAACCUAUCCCCCUCCUUCUGUCCCACCUGGAGGUCAGCCUCCGGUUCCUCCUCCUAUUCCUCCACCUGGCAUGCCACCCGUCGCAGGGCUUGGCCGUGCCGCCUGGAUGAGAUAGCGUGCCACCUCGCUUGUAGUGGAUACCUGAACUCUAGAGGGAUAAUUCAUCAGUACUGAUUUAAGAGUAUAAAGCACAGACUUCUGUUCUGCUUUCUAAUACCGCAAACACCAAGUCAGUGACUGACCAUUGCCGAAUUUUGAUGAAAGAUAUGGUGUUGAACGUCUAGUAUUACUGCGUGCCUGGCUGGGAUAAUAUUGAUCUGCUGAAGGAUUGACCGCUCUUCUCUUAUCCCCACUUCUGUUAUCAAUGGAAUGUCGGCAUUUUCCUUUCCAUACAGUAACCGCUUGAUUUCCGAUUAAUAUUUUAAGGGCCAUAUUGGCUGAGAUAAAAUGUAAUUGUUCUUUUCAUGUUGACUUAAUCUAACGUCUUUUAGGUUACAGCAAGGAUUAAAGCGCAUUGCAUUUGACUUCUAGUUUGAGGGAUUUUUUGUUUGAGACGGGGGAUUGACUAACAAAAUUUUGAAACGUUUACAAUGUUUGUAAAUAUUUUUAAUGUAAAAAAAAGUCUUAAUGUAAUGGCCGUGCAAAGUCCGGGCUGUCGCCCACAGGGAAUAAACAGGAUAUUUCUCACUGUU